AUUGCAUGAUAAGGUAUUUGACAGGGUGGAGGGAAGCAGCACAGUGGAGGAAAAUCCAUCCCCAUGACUACUGGUCCUUCCUCCUCCCUGCUCACUGCUGUUCGUCUCCUCUUGGAUUCCAGAGCUUGUUUUAUUCCUCAGCAGCCUUCCUGCAGCCUGGCAGAUUGAGUACUGCUGGAAAGUGGGGAUCUGUGGUUUCUUACAGACAGAAGAAAGCAGAGUUUAAGUAUUGCUUUAGGAGACAUGGCUUUGCUCUGGAUUUGUUUAUACAGAAAGAAGAUGUGUUUGCUGGCUCUGAGGGAAAAGAAAAAUUGUUAAAGCAGUGUGGAUAUGACUUGAAUUUUUCAUCAGGCUCUCAACACCAUUUCUAGGGGUGAAGAAUGAUCUCCUUCCAGCUAGUUUUCCAGUAAUUUCACAGAGGAAUUAAGGUUGGAAGAUGCUUCAGGAUGGAUAAAGCUGUUCAGCACACCAGUGAGAUCCUGAAUCAAACUAUCUCUAACAUUAGCCUCUCUCAGUUCUUGAACUUUGAUACAUGCCACCUUUCCUCCCUUGCAGAAUUCUUGCUUAUUACAGCUUACACACUGGUUACACUGGUGGGGCUUGUUGGAAAUCUUUGCCUAAUUGUUAUAAUAAAGAGACGGAAAGAAGCUCAAAAUGUCACCAACAUUUUGAUUGCCAACCUCUCUUUAUCAGAUGUCUUGAUCUGUAUCAUGUGCAUUCCUGUCACAGUUGCAUAUACCUUAAUGGACCACUGGAUCUUUGGGGAAGCAAUGUGUAAAAUAGGCUCUUUCAUACAAAGCCUGUCUGUCUCAGUCUCCAUUUUCUCACUUGUACUCAUUGCUAUUGAGAGAUACCAGUUAAUUGUAAACCCACGUGGCUGGAAGCCUAAUAUUUCACAUGCAUAUUGGGGAAUCCUUUUCAUCUGGGGACUUUCCCUCAUCAUAUCCACUCCUUUUUUAGUAUUCCACCAAAUAACAGACGAACCCUUCAAACAUUUGUCUUUCCACAGUGAUUUCUACAAGAACAAGGUCGCUUGCAUCGAAGCGUGGCCGUCUCUUACAGAGAGACUGAUUUUCACCACUAGCCUGCUGGUUUUCCAGUAUUGCUUCCCACUGGGCUUUAUUUUUAUCUGCUAUCUCAGGAUAUUUGUGUGUCUUCGACGGAGACGAGGUAAAAUAGACAGGAUGAGAGAGAAUGAGAGCAGGCUGAGUGAAAGCAAAAGGAUCAAUAUGAUGCUGGUAUCAAUCGUGGUGACCUUUGCAGCUUGCUGGUUGCCUCUCAAUAUAUUCAAUGUGGUUUUUGACUGGAACUACGAGGCACUAAUGAGCUGUAAUCAUAACCUGGCAUUUACAAUCUGCCACCUUGUGGCCAUGAUCUCAACAUGUAUCAAUCCCAUCUUUUAUGGAUUUCUGAACAGGAACUUUCAGAAGGAUUUGGUAGUAUUAGCCCACCACUGCAGAUGCUCAGCAUCACAAGAGGAAUAUGAAAAUAUUGCCCUUUCAAACCUGCAAACAGAUGCAUCUAAGGGGUCUCUGAAGUUAAAUAAUCCCCAUGUGGAUAUAUAAGAUAAUCUAAUUACAGUUUCCAAAAUUCUGUAUUUUGCUACAGAUGGCCUUUUUCUGCAGGUCUUGGGCAUGUUACCACCAAGUUUAGAGGAAGUCUUUGCCAUUUAGUUCAUCAAAACCAGGAUUAUCCUCCCAUAGGCAUAGUCUUAACAGGUACUUUAUGAUAGUAUUAAUGCUGGUAAAACCACUUCCAACAGCCCUAAAGAUCAAGCAUAAUAAAUUAUAAACAGUAUUAACGUCUUACUUUUUUUAAUCCACCAUUUUCAAGUCACUGGCAUGCUACCUUAACUCCAAUAAAAAUAUUUCCAUUUCAGCC